GGAGGCGUGGCUCUCCUGAGAGGUAUAAGAGGCAGCGCUGCCUUCAGCAGGCCACAGUCGGCCUAGAGAUCCUCCAGAGCCAUGAAGACCCUGGUGGUUGCUGCCGUCCUGGCCGCCUUCUGCUUGGUGGCCACAGAUGCUGAGCCUUCCCCAGAUGCUGAGCCAGGCUUCCUUGGAGGCUACCGUGGCCACAAUGUAGGCUUCCUUGGCGGUUACGGUGGAGGCUAUGGUGGAGGCUAUGGCUACCGCGGAAAGAGGAGUGCUGAGCCUUCCCCAGAUGCUGAGCCAGGUUUCCUUGGAGGCUUUCGUGGCCACAAUGUAGGCUUCCUUGGAGGCUACGGUGGAGGCUACGGUGGAGGCUACGGUGGAGGCUAUGGCUACCGCGGAAAGAGGAGCGCUGAGCCUUCCCCAGAUGCUGAACCAGGUUUCCUUGGAGGCUUUCGUGGCCACAAUGUAGGCUUCCUUGGCGGUUACGGUGGAGGCUAUGGCUACCGUGGAAAGAGGAGUGCUGAGCCUUCCCCAGAUGCUGAACCAGGUUUCCUUGGAGGCUUUCGUGGCCACAAUGUAGGCUUCCUUGGCGGCUACGGUGGAGGCUAUGGUGGAGGCUAUGGCUAUCGCGGAAAGAGGAGUGCUGAGCCUUCCCCAGAUGCUGAGCCAGGCUUCCUUGGAGGCUACCGUGGCCACCACCUCGGAGGCUUCGGCAGAAGCUACGGAUACUUCGGUUGAACAUAAUGGCUUCCCACGUCCAAACUCCUCCAUUUAGUGACUGUCACGAGUAAGAACCCUUAAAUAAAUAAAUACAUAUCUUA